AUGGAGGCUAAAGCUGGUUUAAGCUCACAGGAGGAAAGGGCCCUGAAAGGUUCAGAGAAACUCAAAAUGCUGGACAUCACCCGCGAUAAGCCCGUGAAGGUGGCCGUCAAAGUGGCCGUGCCCGUGAGGGAUCACCCCAAGUUUAAUUUCGUUGGCAAACUGCUGGGACCCAAGGGCAAUUCGAUGAAGCGCCUCCAGGAGGACACCAUGUGCAAGAUGGCCGUGCUGGGCCGCGGGUCGAUGCGCGACCGGCGGAAGGAGGAGGACCUGCGCGCCAGCGGCGACAAUCGGUAUGCCCAUCUCUUCGAGGACCUGCACGUGGAGAUAUCGACGUUCGCCGCCCCAGCCGAGGCCCAUGCCCGCAUCGCCUAUGCCCUGGCGGAAGUGCGUCGGUUUCUGGUUCCGGACUACCACGAUGAUAUCCGCCAGGAGCAGAUGUGGGAGAUGCAGGCGCUCACGUCCACGCCGGGUCUGGCCACGCACCUGGAUGACUCCCAGAGCCCCACCACCAGCACCAGCACGGGCACGGGCACGGGUACGGGCACGAAUCCCAAUCCGAGUGUCGUCAACACCUGCCGUGGUCUUGCCGGUGGCCUGGCGGACAUGGACACAUCGAACGAUGACAAAUCGGACAAUGACAUCAGUGGCAUGGACUGCCUCUCACCGGACAAGCUAGACUGCUCCCCUGCCUGCGGCAGCAUCAGCAUCACCACCACCACCGAGCAUGCCCACAGCCAUGCCCAUGCCCAUCCACACCAGCACCACCAUCAUCACCAUCAUCACGGCCAUCCCCACGCCCACGCCCACGCCCAGCCGUCACACUUCCACCAGCUUCUGCAGCAGGCCCACGGCGGAGCCAGUGCAGCGGCAGCGGCAGCCUGCGGGGAGCAUCUGUCCGGACAGGCCACUCCGGCAGCGGCAGCGGCACUGCACACCACAGCCAUGGCAGUGGCGCUGCAGCACCAGCUAACAGCAGCUGGAAUCGGAGGACUUCUGAAGCCGGCGGCCGGGGUUGGUGCAACAAUGGCCGGGCUGCCUACCACGCAGGCGAGUGCCGCGGCCCUGCAGCUGCCCAACUGCGCAGACGGAGAGGCAGCCACAUCCACACUGACGCUGCUGGAGCCGCCUGGCUCAGCUCUCCUCCAUCCCGCACUGCGCAACGUCAAGACCAUCAACAUAGGUGGCGGCCUGGGACGCAAGCGUCCGUUGUUGGGCGUUCCCCGUACUGGCAUGAAUCCCACCAAACGAACGGUGAUGAGUCUGCUGGCCAGAGCCAAGAAUUCGCAGGCAUUGCACUCGGUUCGACAGCCUGUGGUGACAGCAUCCAGCUAUGCAGAGCCCUUGCAGAUGCUGGCCUCGCCCUUCAUCAUUCCGCACCACCAGGCCGUCGACCAGCACCAGCACCAGCCCCUCCUGGCGCUGUCCAAGGAGAGUCUCGCCCAAGGCGUCUAACCCAGUGACCUCCUCCAGCUGCGGCUGCCCACUGACCACGGUCCCAGUCCAUCCCGACCGCCUUCGAUGUGCCCCGCCUCCUUCUUUUAAAGAGACCUUGAGGAUGGAACCCAUUAAUCUUUGCGUAGUUGAUGCACACACCGCAUCGAAUGUAUACCCGUACACGAAUGCAUACCCGUACUCGUACAGACGUACGACUAUACCGAUCUUUAGGGACUAACUGUGAACUUAUACGAGAACGAGCUGUGUCGCGUCUACAGUGCACACUCGUGCCCGUGCCACACGAUUUUAUUUUUUACUGAUAAUAAACGGAGCGAAUAUUUUCAAUGCGAUGUUUUAUUUCCACAGAAGAAAAUGAAAGGAAAAAAACCAAAAACAAAAAUUCAAAAGAAAUGUUAAAUUUAAUGGAAUAAAGUUUAAAAACAAAUUGAAACCUAAAAUUAGUGUCAAAUUAAAGAGAAUUAAAGAGAGCAACUUCAAUAGAAAUAUAAUGUAAACGCAAUUACUUUAAACAAAUUACUUUAACUAAAUAUACACACAAUUACGAAUGCGAAUGCGAAUACGAAUGCGAAUUCGAGUACCGAACACACAAGUACCAUACAACAAUACUUAUAUACAAUACAAGCAAACACAUAC